GACAGGCAAUUAGCGAUUUUAUUAUUGUUAUUAGUUGAUGGUCGACGGUGGUUGUGGUUGUAUUGUAGAUUGCAGAUGUUUAACUCUUGUGGAUUGAUGGGCGCAUCAAGUGAUCACUUUCGGAAACAAAAGCGAAAACAAAAUUUAUUAUCACUUGCGUCACGUCACAUUUAAUUUUUUUUUUUAAACAUAUAUUCACGCACUUUCUGGGGACGCGUUUUUUCAUCCGAUCCGGUUAUUUCGUUGUGAUUUUAUUGUGAUAUCGAGACGAUUCUUUUGGAGCGGAGUGGAUCCAGUGGGGAAAUUGAUGUUAAUUGGUGAGAACGAUGUCUACUACAAUUUUGGAGCCGCCCAUCAGAGUUUUCAAAUUCACCGAGGGGUGCGUAUCAACAUUACACGAUUUAUCCAUUUAUUUCUUUCGAUUACGUCUUUUUGUUUUGUAGGUUCAGCACUUCGUCGACGCCCAGGAAUAGAACGGCCGAAGGAGGAUUGUAAGUUGGACGCGCAUAGUUGUGUCUGUAGAUUGUAUUUGUUUUAUGAUGAGAUGUUUGGUAGGAGCAGCAGCAGCAGGAUAGAAUCGACGAGGAGCACGCCCAGACAGGGGAAGCAGUCCCGCUACGAGGUGCCCCAGUUGAGCUUCGAUCUGCAGCUGGAGAAUCUGCUCAAGAUGCACGACACCAUCGAGUCGGUGGUGAUGACGCUGCGCGAACCCAUCGCCGACAUCCAGGAGAAGCGCGGCAUCUCCAGGAAUCAGCACUUCUCGUUCAUCGAUCUCAUGACCGCCAUGUUCAACCACACCUACUACGCAUGCAUGGCCAUCGUCACCAUGGUGAUUGGUUUGAUGCCGCUGGUGGAGGGGUUCCUGCUGCUCGUGCGCUUCGUGCUGGACAAGGUGCUCGAAAUCAACGACACGGAAAACAUGUGCGAGAAGAUCUUCAAAAGUGUCAUCUUCCUCGGAGAACUCAUCAUCAUAUUCAUAUUCGUGACUAUUGUAUUGACGGUCGUGUUGCUACCGGUUUAUCAUUUGGUCCGAUACGUUUUACACAAGGGUUGGGCGAUCAUGAGGUACUAGGGCUACCGCUGCGCCCUUCCACCAAAGGGCACGAAUUCGCGAUUAUUUAUACCCGCAUUUCAGCUGGCUUUUACUGUAAAUUAUGUGCAAUCAUUUAACUUUUUGGUAUUUUUCGACGGACUUUUGUAAAUUAAACUAAUCAAAUAACAAUAAUUCCAUCUAUUCCUAUUAUCUAAAACUCCAUUAUUUAAGCGCAACACUAGCGCGCUCAAUUAAGUUUAAAAAAAUGCAAAUUUUCAAUUAACAUAGGCAACCAUAUAUACACUUUUUACUUGAUAAGAUUAAAUUUCUCGACAACCCCUUAAGAUAAUUACAUCACCGACCACUCGUAUGAAAGCUGAUUAACUC